AUGGCAAGCAUCAAACUUUGGUUCUCCCCUGGCGCAUGCUCUCUCGCUCCUCACAUCCUCCUCCACGAGGCCGGGAUGCCCUUUGAAACUAUCACCUUGAGCGUCAAGGCCGGAUUCCCUGAGGAAUUUCGGCAUCUAAACCCGAAGAUGCGAGUGCCCGUUCUUUCGCUCAAUGGACACGUGAUCACCGAAAACCCAGCCAUUAUGACUGCCAUCUCUCAACUGGCUCCGGAAAAGCAUCUCAUGGGCAAGACGGACCUGGAUAAAGUCCGUGUCUACGAAUGGAUGAAUUAUAUCUCUGGAACCCUCCACGGACAAGCAUUCGGCGGCCUGUUGAGGCCGCACAGGUUCUCCGACGAUCCCAGCACAUACAAUUCUAUCAAAGAAAAGUCGGUGAAGACCAUCGCCGAGUGCUUCAACCACAUUGAACAGAACCUAUCUGGUGUCCAUGCUGUCGGGGAUGACUUUACUGCCGUGGAUGCCUUUCUGCUCGUCUUCUAUCGAUGGGUGGCGAGAUUUAACUGGGAUCUCCAAGGGCAAUACCCGAAAUACACCAAGUUGGUGGUGGAGGUGGUGAAACGAAAAGCUGUGCAAGACGCUCUUGCGGCGGAGGGAGUGGACUCGCUUGUUCCGAAAAUAUAA